ACUAACCAAAAGAAAGUUUGAAACAAUCAUAUUGCAUUAAACUCUUUUACUUAUGCAUAUCAUUAAUUCAUUAAUUAAUCAAUCAAUUAUGUCAAAAGAAAUCAAUCAAUAAUUAAUUACACAAAGAUCAUUUCUUCUUUAUUCUUAUUCUUACAUGGUAAGGUAAGUGCAUUCAUUCUAUUUCACGAUUAUAGUAAUUUUCUAUUGUUCCUUCAAUUUCUUCUUCUUCCUCGUGUUUCAAUAAACCAUCAAAAACCUUCAUUUCUCAUUUCUGAGAUUGUUUCCGGCUACCCCAAAUCCAAAAAUCUUCUCUUUUCUUCCUUCAAUCAAUUAACCCUAUCAUUCACAAUUACAAGGUUUUUGUCUUUAUAAUGUUAAGGGAGGCAAACUAUGUCUUUUGUGUUCUGGUUUGAGAGGGUUAAUUUGGAGUUUUUUAAUGGAAAAGAAAAGAAUCGAUGACUAUGAACCAGGUCCAGUUCCUUCACCACGAGGGUUGGAUAGAUUCGGGUUUAUAAAACAGGAUGCUAAUACUUCUGAGGGUGGAGUCAAGACAAGUAGAUCAGCGCAUGAACAUGAGAGAAUUAAGGAGGGGAGAAGGGUUAGAAAAUGGAGGAAGAUGAUCGGGGUUGGUGGGAGUGAUUGGAAGCAUUACCUAAGGAGAAAACCUUAUGUUGUUAAAAGGCGUAUAAGGAAAGGAAUUCCCGAUUGUUUGAGGGGCUUUGUUUGGCAGUUAAUAUCAGGAAGCCGAGACCUUUUGCUGAUGAAUCCUGGAGUUUACGAGCAAUUGGUGAUAUACGAGACAUCAGCCUCUGAACUAGAUAUAAUUCGAGACAUUUCUCGGACAUUCCCUUCACAUGUAUUCUUCCAACAAAGACAUGGACCUGGUCAGCGGUCCCUCUACAAUGUUUUAAAAGCUUACUCAGUCUUUGACAGAGACGUAGGAUAUGUUCAGGGAAUGGGAUUCUUAGCUGGUCUUUUGCUUCUUUAUAUGAGUGAGGAAGAUGCGUUUUGGUUAUUGGUGGCUUUGCUUAAAGGAGCUGUUCAUGCCCCGAUGGAGGGGCUGUAUCUGACAGGAUUGCCUCUGGUACAGCAAUAUCUCUUUCAAUUUGAACGCUUGGUGAGGGAGCGUCUACCCAAGUUAGGAGAGCAUUUUUCCGAAGAAUGUAUAAAUCCUAGCAUGUAUGCAAGCCAGUGGUUCAUAACUGUAUUUUCAUAUUCCUUUCCAUUCCAUUUAGCUCUUCGAAUCUGGGAUGUCUUUCUCUAUGAGGGUGUUAAAAUUGUAUUUAAAGUUGGCUUGGCUCUAUUAAUGUACUGCCAUGAUGACUUGGUUAAAUUGCCUUUUGAGAAACUGAUACAUGCCUUGAAAAACUUCCCCGAGGAUGCAAUGAAUCCUGACACGUUAUUGCCGCUGGCUUAUUCCAUCAAGAUAACGAAGCGUUUAGAGGAACUGAAAGAAGAGUAUGAGAAGAAGAAUGGAAAGAUGAGUCGAUCCGGAGAACAUUCUAAAAAGCCAAUUCUUCCAAGCAUUCACAGCAACUGAAGCAAGAGUACAACAAGCAGUAAGAAAUCAUUGGACCUACAGAACUAUUUCUAAAGCAAACAACACCUCCAAAUGAAGGUCUCUUUUGCUGCUAGUGUGAGAAUCAUACCCUUAGAUUCUUUAAUUGUAUGUGACCUUAUGCCACACCACAUCCUUUGUAUAAUUAUAUUUAGUUCAUGCUUGUUUUCAUCUGGUUGUGCUCUUAGGGUUAAGUGAAUGUGAAAAUCGGUUGUAUAUGUAAAAACAGAUAUGGGUUUCUCGACUCCAUUCUUCUUGUUUCCUACUAAGAUGCGAUGUUCAAUCCACUUGUGCGGUUGUUGUUAACUAAAAAAAUCUAUUGUAUAUCAAAAAACUGAUACAGUUCUCUUGA